GAAAUACUUCCUCAUUUCCGUACUAAUUAACUCUAACUAUCAUAGCAACCUUGGUGUUGGUGGUGAGGUACGAAUCACGCGAUAACUGAAAUGAAUAUAUGAUGAGGUUUUUCAUGAGAAAGGUUUUCUUUCUUGUCGUUUUACAGCUAUUUUCUUUAGGGAGUUUGCAAAUCUCAUCUGGAACUCAUCUCGAAGACCCGGAAGACAACAGUGAAGAUUACCUAGAUGAACUCAAGCGAGCUAGGCCUGGCUUUAACAAUGUCGAUGAAAAUGGCCAUCUUGAUUCAAACUCACUCUUCACUGUGUAUGAAGAUGAUGAACCUCUGAGCAAAGAAAUGGAAGAAAAUGACGAUGAAGACAAAGAUUAUGAUAAAACUGAUGAUGUAAACAUUGCUAGGGGCAACCAUGCUAGAAAACCUUUAUGUUUGACAAAAGAAUGUGUGAUUGCUGCUGCAGAGAUCCUUUCAACAAUGAAUCCCUCUGCUGACCCAUGUCAUGACUUUUAUGAUUAUGUAUGUGGAAACAUCAAGCUUAAAGAACCAUUUGAAGACAUGACAAGAACAAUGUCAUUUGAAACUCUUAGAAGACAGAACAAUUACAUAUUACACACCAUUCUAAAAGAGAUGCCUACAAAAAAUGGAAGCAGUGCAAUUGAUAAAGUGAAAAGGCUCUACGACUCUUGCAUAGCCAGUGAACAUAAUAGUGCAGAUAAUAUCAAGGCUCUCAAAAAAAUGGUAGAUGAUUAUGGUCCUUGGCCCUUAGCACAGGCCAGCAAAUGGACCAAGAAUUGGAGUUUCCAAAAAAAGUUCAAUGAAAUUUCAUUACAAUUUGGACGUUCUCCAUUAUUUUCACUGAGUGUCACUUUGGAUGAAAAGGAACCAUCAAGCCACACACUCCAGCUACAGCAGGCUGGCCUCCUUCUGCCACGGGAUUACUACAUUUCCAAUGAUCCUACCAAGUCCAAGGUUUACCAGUCGUAUUGCAUGUUUAUGUUAAAUAUCAUGAAACUGUUGGGAUAUAACAAAAGCUACCAGAUAUCAAUGCUGAAGGAUGUUCAGGAUUUCGAAAGGAAGUUGGCAAAGAUAUCUAUACCUGCAACCGAACUGAGGAAAGCGGACCGCAUGUACAAACGAGUUAGCAUAGGAGGCCUAAUGAAACUCCUUCCUGAAAUUGAGUGGAAGAAGUUCAUAGCGACAUAUUUAGAGCUGGCUGGGUACAAAUUGAGUGACGCGAAAUAUGUUGUGUUAUACGGUCAGAAUUACUUCCGAAACCUUGGUAUAUUGUUGAGAACGACGAAGAAAGAGACGCUUGCUAACUACCUGCUGUGGAACUUGGUUUCAGGCUUGUAUGCAUUUGUCGGCGAAAAAUUCAGACAAGAAGGUUUCAGAUUUGAAAAGAUUUUUGCUGGGAAAAAGGCAGAGCCUUCAUUUUGGCUGUUUUGUACGGAGCUAGUUGAAAAGGCACUGCCUUUUGCGUAUGGAAGGAUGUAUGUGGAUGCGAGGUUCAGGAGUAAAUUUGCGAAAAGAGAGGCAAGGAGAAUCGUCAGAGAGCUGAAGCAAGCUUUUGUUUCAAAUCUGCAAACUGUUAGCUGGAUGAGUGACAAAACGAAAGAAAAGGCAAAAGAAAAGGCUGAAGCUAUAAAAGAGUUGAUUGCCUAUCCAGAUUAUAUACUAGACGACAAAAAACUCAAUAAAAAAUACAAAGAUCUUCACAUCAAUAGUCAUGAUUUUGUUGGGAAUAUUUUGCAAGUUGUGACGUUUAAUAUGAAAGAUAACAUUCGAAUGCUGAAGAAAAAAAGAGAUAGGGCCAGAUGGGCAUCUUCACCAUCUGUUGUCAAUGCAUUCUAUUCACAGGUAUAUAAUCGAAUUGUUUUCCCGGCUGGGAUUUUGCAGCCACUCUUCUAUCAUCAUGGAUACCCGAGUGCAAUGAAGUAUGGUGGCAUCGGCACUGUCAUUGGACAUGAAAUAACGCACGCUUUUGAUGACCUAGGGCGCAAGUUUGACAAGUACGGUCGACUUGUACAGUGGUGGAAUUCAAAAGACAUUAAGGCCUUUGAAAAAGAGGCUAACUGCAUUCGAAAUCAGUAUUCAAGCUACUCCAUUUACGGAAAACAUAUGAAUGGAAAGUUAUCUUGCGGAGAAAACAUAGCUGAUAACGGAGGAGUGAAGAUUGCUUACCAAGCAUUCAGAAAACACUUGCGGAAUGAUCCGGAAACAAAAGCUUUGCCAGGUCUUCAACACUUAAGUGAUGACCAGCUCUUCUACAUCUCCUUCAGCAAGAUUUGGUGUGACGCUGAAGCAAAGGCACGAACUCUGAAGAACAUUGUGACAGACCACCACAGCUACCCAAAAUUUCGAGUCAUUGGAGCAUUGUCGAAUAGCAAAGAAUUCUCAAAAGCAUUCCGCUGCAGAGCUGGAUCGCGUAUGAAUCCUGCUAAGAAGUGUAUUAUAUGGUGAAAAAAACGAAGAAGGACUUGCCCUUUGAUAUUUUCAUACUUUUCUAGGUUGGUAAAUUUGUACCAAACUCUUUUGUAUUGCAAGGCUUAGUUUUUUCAUGUUUCAUAACAAUUUCUAUUUAUUAUUUUCUACAAAGUGUUUGCUAUUUUUUAUGAAGCCGAAUUGAUAUUUUAUACCAAUUUUUAUUUUUCCGAGGAUGCCCACUUA